AUGGCCAAAUACAUGCGACAAGCUGGUGUAGACGCUGUACUUGAAGAAACCGGCCCGUUUACUGUAUUUGUACCUACGGACAAGGCAUUCAGAGCACUAUUAGUGCAGUUGGGUGGCCCCGAUCGUGCUGAGGACAACUUUUUAUUGCAUCAUGUCGUGCCUGGAGCAUUCAGGGUGUCUGACUUGAUGGCAGGAGACGAAAUGACCGGCGUUAGUUUAGCAGGCACACAACUCCGUGCGAAUCUGUACGCCCGACAGUUGUACGACAACCGAUGGAACGACAUAGAAGUUCUCACUGUCAACGGUGCCCGAGUGUUGGACGACGUCAACCCACCUGCGUCUGCCGCGGUUAACGAUGGUUCUACUUCCGACGACGGUAGCGGCGGAUCCACGCAACAACGUAGAGACAUGGUGUUGUCGUCAAGCGGAAGCGCAGGAGGAAGCAAUCAACAACAGAUCAUGGCUAUAGGGCAUGCAGUUGACCGCGUAUUAUUCCCACUGCCUGUCGGUGACGUGCUCGCCACCAUGAGAGCCGACCGGCAGCGACGGUACAACGUCUUUUUGCGAGCCGUGGACGAGCACUGUUCGCCUAACGUGCGAUCGCUACUCACUGGUUCAAGAACUGUGACAGUGUUUGCGCCUGUAGACGAAGCGUUCCGCGUACGCCGUGGUUCGGGAAAUUAUAGCACGAGUAGCAGCAGUGGUUCUAUAGUAGAUUGGAUGCUUCACGAGGACACCAGUAGCAGGUUCAAAAAACGAAAUCGUCGGCGGAUUGCUGACCGGUUCGUGCUCAGUCACGUGGUGUUAGCAGGACCAGGGGAUCCUCCCAUGUACACAGCCGGAUUGCGAUUUUACCAGGUCAGGGACACUGCGUAUCGGCUUCCGGAAGGUGGUGAUUCUGCAGCUGCGGCGGAGGAGGACGACGAAGGUGCAGCGGAAGACUUCAACGGUGGUGGAGACGAUGGAAAUUUAACGGUUUCGCCAAAUGACGGUGAAAAAUCUCGUUUCUAUCAGUUAACUGUGUACAAGGAUUCGGGCAGGAUACGGCUGAACGGUGGUGCCGCUCAGGUGUUGGUCCGCAACGUUCCGGCUACGAACGGCGUACUUCAUGGACUGGAUGCACCACUAGUCUGACGACCUCCCGAAGGAUAGUGGAUGGUGGACAUGAUUAGCUGACGACCAAGUGGUGCAGGACACCUGCAUACAACGACGGCAGCCGCUAUCGCGUGCCCGUUUUUAUUUAUUAAUUAUUAUUAUUUUAUAAUUUAUGUUAUAUAUAUUAUAUACUUUUUUACAUUUCCGUUUUGUACACACUAUUGCAGUAGGCUUCCUACACACUAUUACUGUAAUUUUUUUCAAGUGUAUUGUACACGUUUUAAUAAUAUUUGAUAUUAAUGUAAUAUGAGUAUUAAUAUACACGAGGGUCCAUAAUAUUGUAUUAUUUACUCCUGCGUAUAGAAUUGUA